CGUCUCCCUAGUAAAUGUUCCACAUUACGUAAAUUGUAAAGAAGAAGAUGGAUUCUGUGGUCAUAAUCUUAACGCAGAGGAACUGACUUUUGCGUGGUAUUUUUUUUUAAUAAAAAAUAAUUAUGGAUCCGAUCGAACCAUUUACUAUUGACAUUGAUGGUAGUGAUGAACCUUUAGUUAAAACUAAACAAGAGAUUACACAUGACACAACUGGACCACCAGGAGUCCUUACAGAGUUGCUCAAAUUUAAGCAUUCAUUAAGAGCUAGAUAUGAAAAGAAAGAAGAACCCAAAUUAAUUUUGAAUGUAGAUGAAACGGAACAAGUUUUAGAAGAGCUUGGAUGGAAUCAUCAAAAAGAUAGCUCUAAGGAGUGUCGGAGGAAGAAGAAUGCAGACGAUUUGACAAUUAAUAUCCAAAAACAAGAAGCCCAACUGAUACUACAGAAAUCGGUAGUGCUCAAGUCUGGAUUUGAAAAGCUCCAGGUUGUUCCACCUUAUGAAAUUUCUAAACGAAAAGCACUAGAGGAAAGACGGAAAGAAAGGGAAAAAACAAAAGGCAAAAAAUGGUUUGGUCUUCCCGCAACUGAAAUUACCGAGGAUGUCAAACUUGAUUUAGAAAUCCUACAAAUGAGAUCUGUGCUAGAUCCCAAGCGUUUUUACAAAAAAAAUGAUUUAAAGGUUUUGCCUAAAUAUUUUCAGAUCGGUAAAGUUCUAGACUCACCUUUAGACUUUUAUAACAACCGUUUAUCUAAGAAGGAGCGCAAAAAGACACUUGUUGAUGAACUUUUAGCAGAUGCAGAAUUUCAGAAGUACAACAAAAGAAAGUAUAAGGAGAUUAUAGAAGAAAAACAAAAAACUCAUUAUAAGGCAUGGAGACAUGCUAAAAGGUUAAAGAAAAAGAACUAGUUUUUAAUAUAUUUA